ACAACGAACAAGGUUAUUCCCUCUCCAUUCACAUCCAGAUACUGCUACAAAACGGAUCAAGUUUUCUCUAUAAAAACCAUUAGGGCAGCAGGCAUUCUUCAGAACCAACUCACAUGUUCAAUAUACAGUAUUCUAACAUUCAUCAUGAUUUCAGUUUCCCAAAGGCACUUCUUUUUUGCUAUCUUUCUUUUCUUGGCACUAUUCACUGCUCUUGUUAUGUCCCGCACCAUUAAAGAAGUGUCCUUGCGCGAGAGACAUGAGCAGUGGAUGGCCAAGUAUGGAAAGGUCUACAAGGAUGCCGAAGAGAAAGAGAGACGUUUUGAGAUAUUCAAGGACAAUGUUCAGUUUGUCGAGUCAUUCAAUGCAGCUGGGAACAAGCCCUACAAGCUAGGUAUCAAUGAAUUUGCAGACCAAACCAAUGAAGAAUUCAGAGCAUGUCAUAAUGGAUUCAAAAGGAAGAAGGGAGCUGUUACUUCCAUCAAGGACCAAGGCCAAUGCGGUAGCUGUUGGGCAUUCUCAGCUGUAGCAGCAACAGAGGGAAUCACCAAGCUGACUACAGGAAAACUGCUCUCCCUCACAGAACAAGAGCUUGUGGAUUGUGAUGCUAAUGGUGAGGAUCAAGGUUGUUGGAUGGAGGAUGCCUUUGAGUUUAUCAUAAAAAACCAUGGCAUCACCACUGAAGCAGGUUAUCCUUACACUGCUAGUGAUGGAACUAGUGACACAAAGAAGAAGGAAGCUUCUCAUGCAGCUAAAAUUACUGGCUAUGAACAGGUUCCAGCAAAUAGAGAUUGUGGAACAGACCUAGACCAUGGCGUUACGGCUGUUGGUCAGGGAACCACUAGUAAUGGAACCAAGUGCUGGCUUGUCAAGAAUUCUUGGGGUACUGGAUGGGGUGAGGAAGGAUACACAAGGAUGCAGUGUGAUAUGGAUGCUAAGGAAGGUCUGUGCAGCAUUGCAAUGGAUUCCUCCUAUCCAACAGCCUAAAAAGUAAUUAGUGGCAUAUGCUUCAGACCUAAGAGGCUCUACUCAAUGUUGUUUAUAACAGUAAACAGCUUUACUAUCA